GGGUCCUUAGGUACCGAAUCGUCUGGAUCGACAGGGCACUGGGUCAUCUGGCAUUGGAUCGUCUGGCUCGACAGCGGGCAUCGGGUCACCAGGCAUGACAGCAGGCACUGGGUCAUCAGGUACCGGAUCGUCUGGAUCGACAGCGGGCACCGGGUCAUCUGGCGCUGGAUCGUCUGGCUUGACAGCGGGCAUCGGGUCACCAGGCAUGAUAGCGGGCACUGGGUCAUCAGGCAUUGGAUCGUCUGGCUCGACAGCGGGCAUCGGGUCGCCAGGCAUUGGAUCAUCUGGCUCGACAGCAGGCAUCGGGUCACCAGGUAUGACCGCGGGCACUGGGUCAUCAGGCAUUGGAUCGUCUGGCUCGACAGCAGGCAUCGGGUCACCAGGCAUGACAGUGGGCACCGGGUCAUCAGGUACCGGAUCGUCUGGCUCGACAGCGGGCACUGGGUCAUCAGGCGUGAUAGGAUCAUCAGGCUGGAUCAGUUCAUCAGGCUGGGUACAGACAUCAGGCUGGGUACAGACAUCAGGCUGAAGUGCGGGUGCCGAGGCACCAGGCUGAACCACGGAAGCAGGUUCUCAGACGGCAGGCUCACC